AUGAGGCUGAGAUAUGAAGAGAAUAAUGGCACAUCAACCACAGAUUUCAUUCUCUUGGGUCUCUUCCCUGGGUUUCAACACAUCAGCCUUCUGGUCUACCUCUUCCUUCUGAUCUAUCUCAUUGCCAUCACAGGGAAAACUGCCCUCAUUUUUCUGAUCUGGGUGGACUUCUACCUCUACACUUCCAUGUACUUCUCACUCAACCAGCUCUCCCUCAUUGACUUGGUCUACAUUUCCAGCUGUGUUCCUAAGAUGGUCAUCAGCCAUUCCUUAGGAAAGCACAGCAUUUCUCAAGUUGGCUGUGGAGUCCAGAUGUUCUUCUGCCUGACUUUUGGUGGAGCUGAGUGUCUCCUCUUAACCGUUAUGUCCUUUGACCGAUUUGUGGCCAUUUGUAACCCACUGCGCUACCCAAUCAUCAUGAGCCCUAAGGUUUGCUUGCUAAUGGUAGUGGUGUCAUGGUCUGGGGGUGCUCUAAACUCACUUAUUCAAACUACCUACAGCAUGCAUUUCUCUGUCUGUGGACUGAAAGAGAUCAAUCACUCCUUCUGUGAGAUGCUUGCCACCCUGAAACUAUCCUGUGAGGACACUUUGGAUUACGAGAUUGUGGUGUCUGUAGUAAGUAUUGCACUUAUCCUCUUCCCCUUAAGCUUCAUAAUGGCCUCCUAUAUUCGCAUCUUCUUCACUGUUCUCAGAAUGAACUCUCCUGAGGGGAGAAACAAAGCUCUAGCCACACGCUGUUCCCACUUGACUGUGGUGAGUCUCUACCUGGGGCCAGGCAUAGUGGUGUACAUGACACCUGGCUCUCCCGACAGCCCAGGGCUGGAUCAAGGUUUCUCCGUGUUCUACACCAUCCUCAUUCCCAUGUUGAACUGCUUUAUCUACAGCCUGAGGAACAAGGAGGUGGUGGGGGCUCUGAGGAAGGCCAUGGGGAGGAACCUAAUACCAAAGUAGUUUAGGAAAGUCUACUGCCAUAUUUACAUUUAAAACAGUUCCAGUCCAGAGAUCAAAGUUCCUGAGUUGCAUCUUUUUUCUGCUAUAAUUUCAAUUAAGGAAUAUGAAUUAUUACAGGGAUGGUUCAUUGAGUUUUUAUUCACUUUGUUGUGUUUGAAGCAAAUAAUUAUUUUUUUUUUCAGUAGAAUGCCUUCCAUAGAAAUAUUUGGAGAAAAAGACUUUGGUAGUGAACUGAUGGAAGCAUAUCUACUCAUCUUCCUUAUUCAUUUACAAGAGUGGAUAAGAAUUCCUGUCACUCUUCUCUGUCAUCUUAGGACAACCAGCUGUGAGUACACAUUCUAAUUUUGACUAAAUAUCAACCAGGUGAGGAGUACUGGUGGCUUAGUGGUUAAGCA